CGUAAUAUUGCGCAGUAUACGAAUUGCCGGUGUGUGGCGCAUAUCGACUGAAUUGCUGAAUGUCAGUCUGAAGCAACGACCUCCAUUCAACCUUUCGGCUGCCACUUCGCCACUUUGCAGAGCUCACAGUGAAAACUAAAGUUGAAACUGCAGUCUCUUUCAACACCACAACAAAAAAACCAUAUCUAUAACAAAAUGACCACCUACUUCAACUACCCAUCCAAGGAAUUGCAGGAGGAGCUUAGCCGCAUUGCGCGCGCUAUUGUCGCUCCUGGCAAGGGUAUUCUCGCUGCUGAUGAGUCCGUCUCCACCAUGGGCAAGCGUCUGCAAGAUAUUGGUGUUGAAAAUACCGAUGAACAUCGUCGCCUAUACCGUCAGCUGUUGUUCUCCACUGACCCCAAAGUCGCUGAGAACAUUUCUGGUGUGAUUUUGUUCCACGAAACCUUGUACCAAAAGGCUGAUGAUGGCACCCCAUUCGUUGAGCUGUUGAAGAAGCGCGGCAUUAUCCCCGGCAUUAAGGUCGAUAAGGGUGUUGUGCCAUUGUUCGGCUCCGAAGACGAGUGCACCACUCAGGGUUUGGAUGAUUUGGCUGCCCGUUGCGCCCAAUACAAGAAGGACGGUUGCGAUUUCGCCAAGUGGCGUUGCGUCUUGAAGAUCGGCAAGAACACACCUUCCUACCAAUCCAUCUUGGAGAACGCCAACGUUUUGGCUCGUUAUGCCUCCAUCUGCCAAUCGCAACGUAUCGUACCAAUUGUUGAACCCGAAGUAUUGCCCGAUGGUGAUCACGAUUUGGAACGCGCACAAAAGGUUACCGAAACUGUAUUGGCUGCCGUAUACAAGGCAUUGAAUGAUCAUCAUGUCUACUUGGAGGGUACAUUGUUGAAACCCAACAUGGUGACAGCCGGUCAAUCGUGCGCCAAGAAGUACACACCCGACCAAGUUGCGCUCGCCACCGUUGAAGCUCUGCGCAGAACUGUACCAGCUGCUGUUCCCGGCAUCACCUUCUUGUCUGGUGGUCAAUCUGAGGAAGAGGCUUCCGUUCACUUGAACGCCAUCAACAACGUGCCAUUGUUGAAACCAUGGGCUCUGACCUUCUCGUACGGUCGUGCCUUGCAGGCUUCCGUAUUGCGCGCAUGGGCCGGUAAGAAGGACAAUGUUGCCGCUGGUCAAAAUGAGCUCUUGAAACGCGCGAAGGCUAACGGACUCGCAUGCCAAGGCAUCUACGUGGCUGGCUCAAUACCCUCCUUUGCGGCCAACGCCAGCUUAUUCGUCGCCUCGCACAAAUACUAAAACCACAAUCUUAAAUAAUUUAUCAAUCGAAAUAAAUAUGCUGACAAAUUAGAUUUACAAGUAAUUUAACCACAAAAAAAAAAUAAGAAGCACGCACACACACACCUAUGCAAUUAUAACUGGCUGCGCGUAAGGAUUUGAGCAGCGCGUCUUUAAUUGGAUCGCAGCAGUUGUUCGUGUAAUCAGCUGUAGUUUAUGCAUAGUUGUUGUUAUUAAUCUUUACUAGCUCUACUAUAUACAUUUGUAUGUAUAUGUAUUUAGUAUAUAUGUAAUAUAGUUUGCGUGCUUUAUAAUUUUACUAAUUUAGACUAUGCGACUUUUUGCAUUUAAUUUUUUUAUUAAAUAUAUUUUUAUAAAAUAUUAUCUACGUUUUA